AUGUAUGAGACCCUCCUUCCAGGAAUUGCCUGGUAUAUUCAGUGCGUGGGCAUAGUUUGCAAUGCGGAGAAGAACAAUCGCUCUUUCGAAGUGAGCGGCACUAUUUAUAUGGGCAAGAGGGGGCACUUGGCUGCUUUCAUCUGGCAUGUUGAGGUGCCGGGAAUGGCAAGAUGGCUGUACUGGCCUUACAAGAAUGGUCAGCACGUCUUUGUGUCUGGCCCUCUGGAGAAGAGGGUAGAUGAUGUCUACUGCAUCAACCUGCAGCCAAUGCACUCCAUCAGCAACUUCGCUUCUUCCGCUCCCUCCCCUUCCCCGCAGCACGCCACCGUUGUCCACCCAACACCCAAACAUUGCCUUCUCUCAUGA